AUGCGCAAUUGUGUCCUGGAGCGACUGGCAUAUGAUGGCAUGGGUUCUUGGUACGAUAGGGUUGGCGCGGAAUACAACCAGACCCUCGAGUGGUUGGUUGAUGAAGCCGUCAAGCCUUGCAAGGAAAACCAACCUUGGUGUGAAAAGACGCGCAACGAGUUCAUCGAUUGGCUCAGGGAGGGCCAAGGAAUCUUUCAUAUCACAGGCAAGCCCGGCUCCGGGAAAUCAACCCUCAUGAAAUUUCUCUGCGAGUCACCGAAGCCUCGGAAGCAUUUGAAUGCUUGGGCUGGCCAAAAAAGUCUCGUGAUAGGGAGAUAUUUUAUUGGGAAUGGGAAGCCUCCGCCAAGCGCGCCAACAGCCGGCAAUGAACACAACCGGCAGGGGUUGAACCGGGGAGUUCUUCAUUCUGUCCUCAAUCAAGCACCUGAGUUCACUCUGGCAAUAUUCCCAGAUCUUCAUUUUUACGACAACCACAAGCUCGUCAUCUUUAUUGACGGCUUGGAUGAGUUCAAGGGUGACGACCGUAAGCUAUGCCGCGACCUCAUGAAAUGGGUCUCUGAUAUGCCCGCCAACGUCAAGAUCUGCGUGUCAAGCCGCGAGGAAAUGGAAUUCGAUGAACAGCAUCGGUUGUCCGGCACAUUUUGGCUCCAGGAUGUGAAUUACACGGACAUUCUUAGAUUUGUGCGUCGCAGAUUAAAUGGUCACACUUGCUACCGGAAUUGGAGCGACCACAAUCGGCUAGAUCUGGAAACAUGCAUCGUAAGAAAGGCAGAAGGGGUGUUCUUGUGGAGUCAGCUGAUAAUUGGAGAACUUGAGCGUGACAUUGACGGCGACGCUAGACUGGAUGAACUUAAGAGCCGGGUCAAGGAACUCCCUGGAGAGUUACCGGACCUGUUCCAGCACAUUACAACCUCAAUCCUGAAGAGCAGAUCGAGAUAUGCAUUUGCCUUGAUGAAGAUGGUCCUUGUGAUGGGGACCCCGUGGCCAUUGUCCAGCUUUUCCUUCUUGGCGGACUACCUUGAAGAUCCGGAUUUUGCCUAUCUUCUAAGACUUGAUACUGAAAUUGAUGGAGAGGAGGAGUUCCUUGCGCGACUUGAGCGGACCAAAUCGCGUAUCAAUCGCCGAUAUCGGGGACUUCUGGAAGUAUCGCACCGUCAAGUGACCCGUAAAACAACGGUCGCGUUCGCGCAUCGAUCAAUCCCCGAAUUCCUCAUACAAGAGCCCACGUUCACUCAAUACCAGGCGUUUCCUGAUGGGUGGGAUGUACUGGAUGCGUUGAGCCAGAUACUGCUGACCGACCUC